AUGCCCUUGUGGCGGCGGCGUCUGACGGGCCUUUGGGUGUUGAUCGCGGCUGGCUGGGCGUCACAAUCUGACUGCCCCAAUUCGGAUCCGGGAUUGAAGAAACCGGCUGGGACAGCAGAAGAGAUCGAGAAGCAUUUUGGUUGUAAGUCGUCGCAUCUUAUUAUGGUGGGUGAUCGACCCUUGACUGAUAUUGUCUAUGGGAAUCAAAAUGGCUUUCUAACUAUCUUAACUGGACCUUUGAGUCUUGCAGAGGAGCCAUUCAUUGUUAGGCAGGUGAGGAAACUAGAAACAGCCCUUGUGAAUAGUUGGUCUAGGAAGGGGUUAAAACCCAUGAGUCACAGGUUGUUGCCAGAUGGCAUGCAGUGUGUGAAACAUCCACCACCUCUGUAAGAACUACUGUUGAAUGUUAAUUUAUUCAUGAACAAAAAUUCUUGUAGGUAGCUGUGCCAAUGGUUUUAUUGGUUUUGCAUUUUAUAGUUCAAAGCAACGAGAGAAAUUUUACCUUUGUUCCU